UUGACCACGUGCUGCUGCUCAGUCAUACCUAACGUUCCCCGUUCCUUUGCCCUCAAAACUGAAAACCCUCAUCAUCUCCAUCUCAUCAUCUCCGUCGAGGUUUGCAACAAUGGAGAAGAACCCUAGCUCCCAAGAAUCGAAUGCCUUUACGUAUGAGUCCCCUCACCCCAUCUACGCGAUGGCCUUCUCCUCCACCCCUUCUCCGUCACCACGACUCGCCCUUGGCUCCUUCAUCGAGGACCCAAACAACCGCGUCGACGUGCUUGUCUUCGAUGAAGACUCUCUCUCCUUCCGUCCCCUCCCCGCGCUCUCCUUCGACCACCCGUACCCUGCUACCAAGCUGCUUUUCCACCCCAAACCCCCUUCGCCUCUCCUUGCCUCCUCCGGCGACUUCCUCCGCCUCUGGCACCUCCCUUCUGACUCCUCCUCCCCUACCGAGCUCCGCUCCGUCCUUAACAACAGUAAGUCUGCUGAGUACUCUGCUCCUCUUACCUCUUUCGAUUGGAAUGAUGCCGAACCCCGCCGCAUUGGCACCUGCUCUAUCGACACCACCUGUACUGUCUGGGAUAUCGAGCGCUGCGCCGUCGAGACACAGCUUAUUGCUCAUGAUAAGGAGGUCUACGACAUCGCCUGGGGCGAGGUCGGCGUCUUCGCCUCUGUUUCCGCCGAUGGAUCCGUCCGCAUCUUCGAUCUCCGUGACAAGGAGCAUUCCACUAUCGUCUACGAGAGCCCUCGCCCUGAUACCCCACUGCUACGCCUUGCCUGGAACAAGAUGGACCUGAGGUACAUGGCCGCUACGCUGAUGGACAGCAAUCGGGUGGUUGUGCUUGAUAUCCGCUCACCUGCGAUGCCGGUGGCUGAGUUGCAGCGGCACACAGCUGCGGUUAAUGCGGUUGCGUGGGCGCCACAGAACCCCCGCUAUCUCUGUUCUGCAGGUGAUGACGGGCAGGCCUUGAUAUGGGAGCUUCCGGCGGCGGCAGCAGCGACAACAGCAACGACUUCGGAGGGGAUUGAUCCUGUUCUCGUUUAUCCUGCUGGUGCGGAGAUCAACCAACUCCAGUGGUCAGCGGCUCACCCUGACUGGAUUGGCAUUGCCUUCGCGAACAAGGUGCAGCUCCUCAAAGUCUGAAGUUGAGGGUACAAAGAGAAGACGAAUACUCAAGCACAGUAAAGAAGUUUGAGGCCAUAUAAUAUAAUACACAUAAGAACAUCAUCUGUAUAUCUUGGAUGUUCAGGUAGCAGUAUCAAAAUCUCCCCCACUUCUCUUGUUUUAGACACUGUUGAGGAACUUCUCAUUGCUCUUUCUCUACUCCCAGAAAUUCUUGUUUGGUUUCCAAGCAAAUGCAAAUUUCAUGUAGCUAAAGUUGGCGUGCGGAUAGGAUUAUUUAGCUUGAAAUUUAUUGACUCUUUUGUA